AUGAGUUUUUUUUCUGUGAGUAUCAUUUUGGGCCUUGUCAAUAUAGUGUUUGCAAUAACCCCAAUCAAACUACCUUAAAGUACAGAUAAAUUUAAAAAUUGCUUACACGUGGAAAAGGGAAAUUGUUAUUAAUGCUCAGCUUUACAUUUUCUGUUUACUUUGCCUCGAGAUAAUGAAAACUUAGGUUUGAAGGCAGGAACAAGAGUUUGUGUAAAAUGGUAAAUAUAAUAAAUAUCACCUAGUCCUUACUUUGGUUAUUUAGAUGAGAAUAACCUAUAUUGUGGAGAUUGUAUAGACAAUAGUCAAACUUGGGAUUAAAGGAGACUUUGUACUUAUGAUUACAAAACUAAAUCCUCUUAAGCUAAAUCAAUUUUCCAUAAGGUUGAUAGACCAGCAAAACAGUUGUUUUACAUAGUGUAAUCUGGCGCGGAUGAUGUAUUAUGUAAAUUUUAUCUAGUUCAAUUCAAUAAUGUGUGAUGGAUGUUCUAAUUUUUGUAAAUCAAAGAGCUAAACAUGUUUUGCAGUAUCUUAAUAAUUUUAAUAUGAUUUAAACAAUCCUUAUAUUUCAUGUGCAUAAGGUAAUUUUUAAUAACAUUUUUAGGAUAUGCAUUUAAUGAUGCUAUUGAAGGAUGUGAUUCAUGUCCUGAUAAUUGUUAAUCAUGUCAAAUAAAUGUUGUCAGAUCAAUGGAUAGUUUAGGGAAAAUAACAGUAACUACAAAAAAGAAGUGUUUAAUAUGCAAUGCUGGUUUUAGUUUAUUAAGUAUAAGAACAAAAAGUAAUAAAAAUGUAAUGUAAACAUUAUGCAUGGCUUGUUUUACUGGAUGUAGUGAAUGUUACUAUGGAAAAAAUCAAGUAAAUUUAAAUUAAGACCCUUGGGAUGUCUAUAAUAACUUUGAAUUAACAAUAAGUGAUUAGGCUCUUUUGGAUUAAUUGUACAUAGAUGAUCCUGAAAAUAAUCCACCUAAUUAGAUAUUUUUUGAUACAUUAUGGGAGAGAUAUCAAAUCGGACAAAGAUGUAGUGUAUGUACAAGUACUUCCUAAAGUACUUUCAUUCCUUCACUUAAUAGAUUUUCAUGUAUAAGAUGUGGAACAAAUUGUAGAAAAUGUGAGUAUGUUUCAUAUACUCUAACAGAAGAUUAAUAGUAAAAAUAUUAUAAUAAUUAUUUAGUCCAACACGAUUUAAAAAUAUAGUUAUAGAACCAGAUGGUACAAAUCCAUCAGUGACAGAUAUUGAAUCAGCUGAAGCUUCAUAUAUCUUCCGUUGUAGAGAAUGUGAUGAUUACACAUAAACAUUUUUGGCAACAGGAACUGGUUGUAUGGAUUGUUCUAAUUUACUAAAUUGCAAAUUAUGUCAUAAAUAAGGAAAUCCUACUCAGGGAGGAGAUGCGUCAUUUUCAACUCUAUUACCUGAUUUCACUCCUCUUGAUAAAGAAGAAUUAUCUACUCAAAGAUGUUUAAUUUGUGAGGAUGGAUAUUUUUUAAAUAAAGAUAAAAUUUGUGAGAUAUAAUCUUUAUUAAAUGUUGCACCGACAGGAUGUUUAGCUUAUGAAACUGACACUAACAAUCUUUUAAUAAAACAUUGUAGAAAAUGUAAUACUGGAUAUACUCUUAUGAAAGAUGAAGCAGAUGGAACUUGGAAAUGUACCUUUGAUUGUUAAUAAGAGAUAUAAGAUUUCUUAUGCCAAUCAUGUGUUAAAUAAGGUUCCAAAUUUAGAUGUUUGAAAUGUUUGGAUGGAUAUUAUGUUGAUGCUAAAGAUGGUACAUGUUAACCAUGUUCAGACAAUAAUAAUUGUAAAAAUUGUUAUAAAUUGUCUUUCAAAAGUAUUCAUCGAACUGAUUAUUAUUUAUAUGAAUAUGAUGGAGAUACUUAAACAUAUGGUCCAUAUUGUUAUGCUUGUACAGCUGGUGACAAUAAAAUAGGACCUAAAUUUAAUGAAGAUUUGAGAAUAUGUGAAAAAGGAGAAAUUUAUUGUGAAGAUUUCUAAGCCAAAGGAACCAAAGGUUAUUGUGAUUUAUGUAUAUCUGGUACUCUAGAAGAACCAGAGUUAUUUAAAACUUCAAGAUCAGCCUCUCUUGAUGGUGCUAAUUGUAUAGUAUGUCCUGCUUAUACUAUUGGAUGUAGAGAGAGAGAUUAAAGUGAAUUAAUGGUUGCAAAUAAAUAUUUUGCUCCUACAGAAGAAGGCCUUAUUUAGUUUUCUUACUUAGCAUAUAAAUGUGAUUCAACUGUAUCUUAUCUUGAUACUAAUAUUGGUAGAUGCUAAACACCAAAAGAUGGAGCUUAUUUAAAUUAUGAUACUAUUGUAAUCUAAGCUGAUUGUAUAUAAAAUAUGCCUCAUAUUAAUUCAAUAUGGAGAUUUAAUUCCCAAUAUACAGAUAUCACUUAAAAAACAGCAACUUUGAUACUUGAAAAUGUUAAUUCUACACCUCUUAUUGAUGCUACCAAAUUAAAAGAAUACAAUACUAAAUCUCUUAGUAAAAUCAUAAUUGAAUUAUAAUUUAAAUAUAAUCCUGAUCAAAACAACAAUAUUUGUUACUUUUAGAGAGAUACUUUUAUUUCAACUAAUCUUAGGAAAAAUAUUUUUGCUUUAAAAGAUCUAGAACUUGUAAUUAGUGUUUCUGGUGCUUCUCCUGGUUAAAGAAUUUAAUGGUAUAUCAUGAAUACUAUUUAUUUUGAAUAUUUCACUUCAGUAACCAUUAAAGAUAUUGAAAUAUUACCUGCAACUGAUUUAAAUACUUUGGGUCUCUACAAUAAUGUAGAAAGAUAUGAUAAACCUUUUGGAUUUGAGUUUUUAAAAAAUGAAGGAUCAAAAUUUUAAUUAGAGAAUGUUAAAAUUAAUAAUGGUUAAGCUGAAUCUCAUUAUAAUUCACUUGCUUAUACAACUCCAUAUAGUGAUACUGCAUAAUCUCUUAAGAAAUAUAAGCCAUUUUUUACUAUAUUAUUGAAUACAUAUAGUAUUUCAUUAAAGAAUGUCAUUUUUCAAUCUUAAAAUUAUUUAAUGGGGCCAGAUUUAUCAUAUUAGGCUAAACCUUUUGGAUUAGUUUAUGAGAAUAAUUUAACAUUUUAAUAUUUGAACAUUAGACUUGAAGAUGUGAGAUUUUAUGAUUUUGCUGUAGAAGAUUAAGCCAUUUUUGAAUUAUUGGACAUGACUUUAGUAACAGCUCCAGAAUGGAAUAGUAAAAUAUAUGUAAAAAAUGUAUAGUUUAAAGAUUGUUAUUUUAUUAAUGAUGGAGCAUUUUUAAGUACAAAAUUGACUGAAAAAUCUACAGGAAUGAUUAUAAUUGAUAAUUUGUAAAUGGAUAAUAUUGAAUAUAAUAAUUCAAGAGGAAUUAUAGAUUUUUAAACUAUGUAGAAAGUUAAAAUAAAUGGAUUUUCUAUGAUUAAUAGUAGAGUCAAUUAUACUACUUUAUUUCACAUUACAACUAUAGACAUGAGUAAAGUUUACUUGUAUAAUACAACAUUUACAUAUUUUGGUAAGAUGGUUUAGACUUAAUUUGAUAUAUUUACAAUAAAACCAAAUGAUGUGGAAUAUUCUGGAAUGUCUUUGAGUUUUAAUGAUUUAGAAUUCAAUUAAAUUACUUGUUUAUAUCCUGCAUGUAUAAUGUUAUUGAGUGGUAUUAAAAAUGAUUAUGAAUUACCAAUAAACAUUUCUAUGAGUAACAUUAUAGUUUAACAAAUAAAAUCAGAUGGUUUUAAUGAAACUAUAUGGGAAGCAGCAACUAGUGCAGCCAUUUAAAUUUAUAAAUCUCAUAUUUUACAAGUUUAAAAUUUUUAAAGUAUUUAAAAUCCAGAUUUAACAAUAUUUUAUACAGAAUAAGUAGAAGAUAUUACAUUUAUUAAUUUAAAAUGUAGAUAAAAUAUUGAUUUAAGUAUUAGAAAUAAUUAUUGUGUGUUUUUGAAUAAUUUUUAUAGGAGAAUAAAAAUGAUUGAUGUUGAAUUAACAAAUUUAAAUGGAAUUGAUAAUUCAUUCAUUGGACUGUCUUCUUGGAAUAAUUUAGUAUACAAUACAAGUAGUGAAGAUUUUAAUGAAGAAAUACAAUUAGAAAAUGUAAUAGUACAAUAUUGUACAAUAACAACUACAGUUUUAGCAGUCCCAUCAAGUGCUAUUUUAAUAGAUUCAACAUAAGAAUAAGUAGUGAUCAUGAAAAACAUGAACUUUUAAAAUAAUAAACAUUUCUCUGCCUCAUAUUUAAAAGGAACAUUAAGACCAAGUAAUCCAACCUUUUUGAUUAGAAGUGUUGUAGGUACUUUGAAUUUAUAGAAUUCUUAUUGGAAAAAUAAUCAAGUAAGUGGAUAUGGUGCUGUAUUAUAUUUGGAAUGUGGAAUCUAAAUAAUUAAGAAUAUUUCAAUGCUUAAUAGCAAUUAUGAUGCAAGUACAUUUAUUAAUCAAAAUCAAUUGUCUUAAUAGAUUAAUGAUUUAGUAGAAGGAGGACAUUUAUUUUUAGCAGGUUAUAACAUUUAAUUAUUGGAUUCAUAAUUUACUAAUUCAACAGGGAAAGUUGGAGGUGGUAUUUAUGUAAAGACUUAGAAAGAAGGUUAAGUCUAUUUCAAUAAUACUAUGAUAUCUAAUGCAUUGACUCCAAUGAAUGGUGGAGUAGUGUCAAGAGGUGGAUGUAUUUAUGUAGAUUCAACUUAUUCUCAAUUGAAUAUGCUUUUAGAGAAUAUGGAAUUAAAAGGAUGUAUUGCAAGAGCAGAUGGUGGUGGAAUAUAUGUGAUUGCAUCAGAUAGAUAAUAACAAUUUACAAUGAGAAGUAGUAUAAUCUCAAAUUGUUAUGGUUUGAGUGGUACAUCAAUUAAAGUGAAGUUUGAUGAGAGAACAUAAGCAAUAUAGAAGACUACAUUGAUUGGAUUGAAAAUUUCAGGCAAUUACACUAAUGCUAUAGAUUAUUUUAGCAAUUUGACUAAUUUCUAAAUAAUUGAGGAAUUCAUGUUAAUUAAACGAUUAGCUGCAUUUGAAUAAGAUAAUGGAUAAGUUGAAAUAUAAAAUUGUUAUAGUGAAGGACUUUAUUAUUAUGGAUUUAUUUCACUUCAAAAUCCUAAUCUUGUAAGAUUCAAUACUAUUGAAUCUUAACAUAGUAUUUUAUCAUAUAGACCAUAUAUCGAAGUGAUUGAACCAUUGGCAAAUCCAAUUUUUAUUGAUUCAGUGCAAUUUAGAAAUAUAUCAUCUAUGAAUGUUACUGUUAUUUGUAAUUAGGAACAAUUGACUAAUUAAUAGAAUGCCAUUUGUAAGAUAUUGUAAUCUCGAGUUGAUUUUCCUGAAUAUAUUAUUAAUCCAGCUAUGAUGUUAAUUGAUCAGAUUACUAAAAAUACUCCAUUAUUGAUGAGAAAUAUCUUUAUCAAUAGAGUAAGGUGUAAAGAAUGUUAUGGAGGAUUAGUUUAAGUAAUGAGAGUAUCCAAUAGUGAAUUAAGAGAAUUAGUUUAAUUGAGUGUUUGCAGAUGUUCUAAUACAGAAGCAGCAUAUUAUGGUUGUUAUAUGGUAUCAGCAGCUUAACAUUCUAAUAUUUUAACAAAAGAAGAUUCCUAAAUUGGUAUUACAUUUAGUUCUUCUCUAAGUUUGGAGUCUAUAUUAAAAAAUACAGGUUUAAAAAGUAGAAGAAGAAUUCUAUAAGCCUAAUAUUCACCAUCUGAUUAUAGUUAUGCUGUGCCGAUCCCUACUUAUGUGGCUCACAUAAUUGUAGAUUCAUUGAACAUUUAGGAUGUCAGAGCUAUUCAUGGUGGAGGUAUAUCUAUAUAUGGACUUACUACUAAUAUAACAAGUGCUUAUUGUACAUAAUCUGUAGUGAUUGGUCAAGGUGGAUGUAUCUAUUAUGAAGCACAAGAAAAAAAUAAGAAAGUAGUAUAUUAAAGAUUGAAUAUUGCAUCCAGUGUAUUCUUUAGAAAUAAUGCCAGUAUAGGUGGAGCAAUUAGAGUCAAACAAAGUGGUAUAAAUGAUUGGACUAAGACUUUAAAUACUAUGCUUUAAAAUUAUGCAUUGUUGUAUGGCAAUGAUGUUGCUGGAUAUCCAACACAUUUAGGAAUAAUAGUCAAUGGCAAAUUAUAACAUUCAAGUUAUAUUAAUGAUAAUACAGAAUGGCUUCAUUAUCCUUUGGUUAUAAAAAGUGGAUAAGAAAUGUAAGGAUUUGAAAAUCAAUCUGUUCUAUUAGUUUUCUUAAAUGAAAAUAAUGAAGCUAUGAAAUAUCAAUUUGAAUCUUAAUCCAAUAUUUCUGCAAACUUAACCAAUACUAUUUAAGGAGAAUCAUUAAGAAUUUUUAAUUUGGAUAAACAAGGUUUUGUCUAUUCUAAUUUAUAAAUAUUAUUUGAUCCAUAUUAAAAUAUCACUCUAGAUGUUCAAAUUAAUAGUUCACUUGUCAACAUUCCUCGUUAUUAUAGUUAAUAUCCUUAUCAACUUAUAGGAUUUGAUACAGAUUAUAUUUUAUAAGCUCGAAUUAGAUCAGUAGAAUGUGAUCGAGGAGAAGCAUAUAAUCCACAAUAAGGUUCAUGUACUCCAUGUCCUAUAGGAUAAUAUGUAUUAGUUUAUAAGGGAAUUUGUAAAUAGAUAGAUGAUACAUCAAUGAAUUACACUAGAAUGAAUUAAAUUAGUAUUAAGAAUUAAUUUUGGAGACCAGAUCAUUUAAAUGAUUUACCUGAGAAAUGCAAAAACAAACCUGUUAAUUGUUUUGGUGGUUUUAAUGUUGGAAAUGAUUUAUGUUAUGAAGGUAUGAUAGGAGCAUUAUGCGAAGAAUGUGAUAUUUAUGGAACUUUUUGGGGAGCAAAAUAUAGUAAUUCAGCAAAAUAUGAAUGUGGUACAUGUUAAGAUAGAACAAGAAAUAUUAUUAUGAUAGUCAUCUUGAGUAUUUUUACUUUGUAUUCUACUAUUUCAUCAGUAAAAGCCAAUUAAGAAAGAAUGGAAAAUUGUGUUCUUUAUGAUAUAUUUGCUCUUCUUGGUUGGGCUUCCUCUUAAAAAGCAAGUGGAAAUGUUGCUGUUUUAAUGAAAAUAUUUAAUAAUCAUACAUAAAUUUUAUCUAUUUUGAGUGGAUUUUAAAUUGAAAUACCUAAUGAAACAGUAGAUUCAGUAAAUACUGUAAGUAUGCCAGCAAAAACAAUAGGUAAUUCAUUGGAUUGUUUUUUGGUUGAAAAUACUUGGGGAAUUGAUUUAAUAUAUUUCCGUUUAAUAUGGUCAUUAAUUAUGUAGGUUAUUUACAUUUUAAUGAUGCUUAUAAUUAUUUUUGUCAGUGUAGCAAUUGGAAAAAUGUAAUUCAAAGUCUAAUAUUUAUAUACUAUGGCAAUUUAUUUAUUUGUUUUUCUAUAACCAAAUUAUGUGAUGGAAUUCAUGACAUUGAUAUCAAGUAGAGAAAUCUCAGGAAAUUAUUACAUCAUGGCUAAUGUAUCAUAUAGAUAUGAUACUUUUAAACAUGAUUAAUGGAUUGCUGGAUUUGGAGUACCUGGUUUAUUAUUGUGGGUUCUUGUCUUACCAACAGCCUUUUGGUAUGUAUGUUAUCAAGGAGCCUAAUAAAUGAAAUUGAAUUCAUUUAGAUUUAGUUAAUCUUGGGGUUUCUUUUAUCAUGAAUACAGAAGAGAUAGAUAUUAUUGGGAAUUCAUAAAGAUAUUUUAUAGAUCUUUGAUUAGUAUUCUUAUUUGUUAUUUCCAAGAGGAAAUCAUUGUCAAAGUAAUAAUGUUAUCUUAUUUUUUAGGGUAUUUUAUCUUUUCUUGUAGUUUAUGCUUAUUAUGGACUUAGUACACACUUUAAUCCUUAUAAUUUAAGAGUGAUCAAUGAUCUAGAUUAACUAUCUACAGUAGUCUUAUCUUUAUCCCUAAUAGUAGGUGUAUUUCUUUAUAGAACAAUUGAUAUUGACUUUUAUGGUCUAACAUAUGCAGGAUAUGUUUUGAUUUCUAUUUUGAAUGCUAUAUUUUUGCUUCUAUUCUUUUAUAAUCUUUUCAAAGGGAAAUUGUAAGAAUUUGCACCUAAAUUGGAUGAUGUUAGGGAGAAGAUUAAAGAAAAAUUCCCUCAUCUUAAUAACAAUCCUCGUCUUCGUCCUUAUUUGUAGAAUCAAACAUAAUUGAAUCACAAGGCAAGAUAAACAUGGGUUGAAUUAAGUAAAAUUGUUAAUAAUGGAAUUACGUUAUGGAGAGCUGAUAAAUCUAAACCUUUGUAAUUUUUUAGAGUGUAAUUAUAUUUUUUUAAAUUUAGUACUGAAACACCAAAGAGUGAUUACAAUACAAAAAUUAACUAAAUCCAUUAAGAGUUCGGUUCUGAGAGUGAUGAUUAAAACUUAUUGUAUGGUGAUGGAUUACAUUCAAUUUAAAUGUCAAAAGAGAAUAUCUAAGAUGAAGGAAAAGAGAAAUAUAUAUACCAUUGA